AUGGCGACCAUCUAUAUCGACGAGGACGUCGGCAAGGACGAGACUACCCAGCUUGGCACCGAGCAAUCGCCCUAUAAGACUCUUCAAUUCGCGUACAUCCAGCGCCCCGCCGAAGGACAAUACCUUAUCCGCAAGUCUGAGAAUGCCGACGAUGAGGCCGCCAAGGAGUGGAAGCCUGCUGCCAAGUCGGCCCUGAAGAAGGCUGUCAACCUCUUCGAGCAGCACAAGAAGAAGGCUGCCCGCGAGGAGGAACUCGCUAUCCGCCGCAAGAAGGAGGAGGAGGUGCGACAAAAGGUGUUGGAGGAGGCCAAGGCCAUUGUGCUCGAGGAGGACGCCAGCCUUCCCGCACCCAUCAAGAUCAAGCUGGGUGAUGUUGGUGACCACAUCAAGCUGCGUGACACUCAAGACCCUGAAAGCAAGGGUACCCGGGUGCGCGUCGUCGGCCGUGUGCAUCGCGAGCGUAAGCAAAAGGACGUCCUCUUCAUCACUCUCAGGGAUGGCUACGGCCAAAUGCAGGUUGUCAUUUCUGGCAAGCUGGCAAAGACUUAUGAUGCUCUCACCCUCACUCGAGAGACAUCCAUGGAGAUCUUCGGCGAGAUGCGCGAGGUCCCCCCCGGCGCCCGAGCCCCCCUCAACCGCGAGCUCCACGCCGACUUUUACAAGAUUCCCAGCCACUGGAAGGCUGCUGGUGGCGAAGAUGCCAUCACCAACAAGGUCCAAGCCGAUGCGGAGCACGCCAUGUUGCUAGACAUGCGUCAUCUCACCAUCCGUGGUGACGUCGCCUCGUCGGUCAUGCUUGUGCGUGACGCUGUCGAGUUCGCCUUCAACCAAGCCUACCGGGAGUUCAAGAUCCGCAAGGUCAGCCCUCCUGCCCUCGUCCAGACGCAGGUCGAAGGUGGCGCAACGCUGUUCAAGUUUGAUUACUACCGCGAGGAGGCAUUCCUUACCCAGUCAUCGCAGCUCUACCUUGAGACCUGCCUGCCCUCGAUGGGUGAUGUGUACUGCAUCGAGAAGUCCUUCCGCGCAGAGAAGUCGCUCACCCGACGCCACUUGUCUGAGUUCACCCACAUCGAGGCCGAAUUGGACUUCAUUUCCUUUGAGGACCUCCUGGAGCACAUUGAGCACAUCAUGUGCCGUGUGCUUGAGCUCACCAUGGCCGACCCUUUCAUUGCCGAGAAGGUCAAGGACAUGAACCCUGAUUUCAAGAUGCCGGAGCGUCCCUUUAUGCGCAUGAAGUACUCCGAUGCUAUCACAUGGCUGCAGGAGCACGAGAUCCUCAACGAGGAUGGCAAGCCUCACGAGUUCGGCGACGACAUCGCCGAGGCUGCCGAGCGCCGGAUGACCGACAUCAUUAACAAGCCCAUCUUCCUGACUCACUUUCCCACAGCGAUCAAGGCCUUCUACAUGCAGAAGGACAAGGAUGAUGCCCGUGUCACGGAGAGUGUGGACUGCUUGAUGCCUGGUGUUGGUGAGAUCGUUGGUGGCUCGAUGAGGAUGGAUAACUACGAGGAUCUUAUGGCGGCCUUCCAACGCGAGGGCAUUGAUCCCGAGGCCUAUUACUGGUACACUGACCAGAGGAAGUAUGGUAGCUCUCCCCACGGUGGCUACGGUCUCGGAUUCGAGCGCUUCCUCGCUUGGCUGUGCAAGCAGCACACAGUCCGCGACUGUUGCCUGUAUCCCCGCUACUUCGGCCGCUGCAAGCCUUGA